AUGGGGCCAGCGCACACAGGCCGGCCCAGGUGGCCAAGCGGGACCCCAGGCCGGCGUCGGGCCAGUGAGGGGCGUGAAGGGCUGACGCGUUCAGAGGCCGACGCGCCAGGGCAUCGGACGGCCUCGGGGCACGGGAAGGUCCGUCAGCGGCCACUCGGAGGUCCCUGCCCUCGAGAACGCCACCAGCUUGAGACCAAGAACUUCCGCUCAUCCGCAAACAUCACGGGGGGAGAAAUAACGCAGGGCCGGAGCGGAGGCCAGAGCGGAGGCCGGUCAGAUGUAGCCAGCCCAGGCCUGUCUCCCGAAACUCUGAAGGACCCCCCAGCUCAGAACCGGGGGCUGGCCUGGCUGGUACAGAGGCGCCCCCACCGCACCCGCGGGGUCCUCCCUGAGAGCUUGGCCGAGGGGCGCGCGGGGAGGCUGCAGAGUGUGACCGCGAGCCGGGUCCUGUUCCCGCCAGGUGAUCGAGCGCAUGAGCGCACAGACGGGCGACGGCAGGGCCAGCUGGCCCAGAAAGGUGCCCGACGGCCGCAGACGCAAAACGCCUGUCAAAAUGCGCACGACCGGGGUGUGCGGCACGGAUUUUCCUGCGCCCUCCCCCACCCCCAUUUCGGGGCUACGUUUGCGGCAGUGAAGCCGCAGGAUCAAGGGCUUCUCCGCCUUCCCCCGGAGGCCGGCCCCGCUCCCCAGCGCCGCGGAGGCCUCGGUCGGUCGUGCCCGCGCCGGGAGCCCCUCCGCGAAGCGUCCGCGUUUGCGCAGCGCAGGCCGGACGCGCUCACCUGCGGCGCGGACGGGGGCGCGGAUCGGGGCGCGGACCCCGCCGGCGGCGGACCCAACGACGGGCCCGGGUCUCCCCGAAUUCGCGCCGCAAGACGGUGGCCCCUCACACCUCUCAGCCCCGAGUCCCCGCCCUGUCGCGGCCGGCAGACCCCGGGCCUGGGCAGCGGCAGACGCGGUCCCCGAAGCCGGACGCGGAGGGCUCGGGCGGCGGCGGGGAAAGGGGCUGCGAGGGGCGUCUUCGCCGCGCGAGCCCGACGCCGGGGGAGGCCGCAGCACCUGCGCCCGCCGCCCGCGCCCUCCGCGCCCCCAGACCCACGCCCCCGCCGCCAACCCCGGGCGCACGCGCACCGCGGGGAAGCCCAGGGCCGGGGUCGCACGGACUCACCCGGGCCGCAGCCGGGAGGAGGCGCGGCGGGCGCAGGUGGCAGGCGCGGCGGGGGAGGGGGUGUCCUGCGCCCGGCGCCCCGGACCGAGCCCAGCGGACCCUUACCUCGGAGACGCGGCCACUGCAGCGGGCGCCUCGCGACUCGGCCGCGCGCGACCGGGUGUCCGGCGUGUGCCCGCGCCCCCGCAGCCCCGGGCCCGCCAGCCCCGCCCCGACGCCCCCGACGCCCCGCCCCCUCCCCGCCCCGCGCGCUCAUCGGCCCGCCCCCAGCCCGGCCCUCCCCGCACGCUCAUUGGCCCGCCUCGGCCCCUCGGGCUCCCGCCCCGCCCCCGCCCAGCCCUGCCCGGCCCCGCCCGUCCCGGGGAGCGCGCAGAGUCGGGGCGCGCAGUGGGCCACGCCCUGGGGCUUGGGGGAAGCGGCAACGUGCGGCCCGCUCCUGGGUGGGGUCGGGCGGUGCCGAGCACCCGGCGCUGGUCACCGGGCGCCACCGAGCCGCCUUCCCCGAGCACGAGUCGCGGCUGCGUCCCCAGCCAGGCCUUGAGGCCUCGUGCUCCUCGGCUCGCGGUGGGCCUCGGCUGGCAGGCUCCGUCCAGUGA